GUGCACUUUCAUACCGUAUCACCACAUCGCUCACUUUCUAUAUCAACCAUGGCCCUGCGCUCCAUCUCUCGUGUGGGUGGGAAGAUCGGCGCCACUCGCGUGGCUGCCGCCGCUCGGCGCGCGACUGUCUCCGUGCGCGCCGCCCACAACCCCGCCGCGGUCACCAAGAAGGUCUACUUUGACGUCAACAACGGCUCCGCCCCCGCGGGCCGGGUGGUGAUUGGGCUGUACGGCGAUGACUGCCCCAAGACCGCUGAGAACUUCCGCGCGCUGUGCACCGGGGAGAAGGGCUUCGGCUACCAGGGCUCACCCUUCCACCGCGUCAUCAAGCAGUUCAUGAUCCAGGGCGGUGACUUCACCAAUGGCAACGGCACCGGCGGCAAGUCCAUCUACGGCAUGAAGUUCCCCGAUGAGAACUUCAAGUACCGCCACACGGGUGCCGGCAUCCUGUCCAUGGCCAACGCGGGCCCCAACACCAACGGCUCGCAGUUCUUCAUCUGCACGGUGCCCACCCCCUGGCUGGACGGCCGCCACGUGGUGUUCGGCGAGGUGCUGGAGGGGCUGGACGUGGUGGCCAAGGUGGAGAACUCGCCCACCGGCCGCGGAGACAAGCCCGUGCAGCCCAUCACCGUGGCGGCGUGCGGCGAGCUGUGAGGGGAGGGAGGCGCUGUGCAGUGAGGGAGGGGCUGUGAGGGAGCAGCAGCAGCAGUUGCAAUGACAGCAGCAUGUGUAUGGGAAGAAGCAGGGGGAUGCGGAGGGAAGGUGGCAGCAGCAUGGGGUGUUGUGGGAGCGGAUGCAUGCGUCUGCGUAUGCAUGUGCGCGGAGGAGGAGGGUUACAGCCUGGGCGGUUGGGUGUGAGCCACGUGGCUUGCCGAGCGAGGAAAACGUCGUGGUUGUUGGUUGCACUGCUCAGCGUCUUGCUUGUACGGGCUUGGCGGCUUGUUGUUGGUGUUGGGAGCAGCUGUCUCAUCCAAUCCUGGCUACGAUAGUCAGGGAUACUUGAGGGGCGGAGUUCGGUUACGGAGACGUGCACGCGCGCUGGCUGGCAUUGUACGCCACCGUUGCAAGCAACAUGAACAUGGUGUAAGAUCCUGCUGAUAA